CAAACCCUGGGGAAGAGAAUGGAUGGAGCCUCCAAAAAGACCGAGUUUACAUAAUGAGUGUAUUGAGAAAGCCAAAUUGCCUAUCAAAUUGUUUUCUGGCCCCUGGGAAGGAACAUCUCUGUGGGAGAAAAAGAAAGAGGGAGAAGAAGAAGAGGGAGAAGAAGAGGAGGAAGAAGAGGGAGGAGAAGAAGAAGAAGAAGACAGGAGGGCUUAAGCCUGCUAGAAUCCUGUGUUGCCAGAGCCCGACCCAGAGACAAGAGAAGAGGGUUGAGAUGCGUCCUGUUUGUGCUCAGCUCCUCUUCGCUGCCAUCUUGUGGUCAAUGCCUUACACUGGAGCUGCUGCUGUGCGGAGCCUAUCCAAAUCCAACCGGACUAACCAUCUCCACCUAACUAGACCUGGUUUCGAGUCAGACCCUGACUCUGACUGGAGUAAUCUGAAUCUUACCAGCAUCAGCGUGCCUCGUAUCCGAAGGAGGCGAGCCAUCUCCUCCAGAGAAAUUAAUUCCUUGUUGGAUUAUCACAACCUUGUCCGCUCCCAGGUCUUCCCUCAGGCUGCCAAUAUGGAGAUCAUGGUGUGGGAUGAGCAACUGGCUAAAUCAGCAGAUUCCUGGGCUUCCCGCUGCAUAUGGGAUCAUGGACCCUCACAGACCAUGAGAUAUAUGGGCCAAAACCUGUCCAUCAACUCUGGCAGUUACUGGUCAAUCAUUGAGCUGGUGAGGUCCUGGCAAGAUGAGAAAAACUCCUUCUCCUAUCCCAACACAUGCAGUGGACCAGUUUGUUCCCACUAUACACAGAUGGUCUGGGCCAAUACCAAUAAGAUGGGAUGUGCCAUCAACAAAUGCUCAAACAUGAAUGUGUACGGGAGCUCUUGGAGGACAGCAGUGUUCCUGGUUUGCAACUACUCUAUCAAAGGGAACUGGGUUGGAGAGGCUCCCUAUAAGAGUGGCAAACCGUGCUCUGCCUGUCCAUCAAAAUAUGGAGGUUCAUGUAACAGAAAGCAGUGUUCCUUCAGUGGUUCAAAAGCCAAAGCCAAGAAAAGAAAAAGGUAUUAGAAAGACAUCAGUCAUACUUUCCCUGUUAUAAUGGAAGACUUUUUAGAGUUCAUUGUUUCUGGUCAAUUAUUCUGUUCCAUUCAUCUCAGCAACAAACAACUGCAAGAGAGGGUGUGUGAAAGAAAGGUGAAGGAUUUCUAAACAUAAAAAACGAAUCAAAGCACAAGACCUGCUUUUUUCAGCGAUUCAAUUCUAGUACCACUAUUUUUGUGUUUAUCAUAAACUAAUGUUUGAUCCAUCCACUGGAUGUUAGGGAAAUAAUGUUUUUCCCCCUCGGUCAUGAUGUUGUGAACUCUAUGUAAACUCUUGGGUUGUAAAGCUCCAUUUUCUCGCCAUGACACAGAAAGAACCCAGCUACCAAAAACCAGACAGUACUUCUGUUGUAUACAUUUGAUUAUGGCCUUUUUUGAAAAUGUUAAGAAGAUGAGUGCAAUGUACACUAUAUAUACAAAAGUAUGUGGACACCCCUUCAAAACAGUGGAUUCUCUAUUUCAGCCACACAUAUUGCUGACAGGUGUAUAAAAUCAAGAACACAGUCAUGCAAUCUCUCAUUGACUUUCAAUGUGGCACCGUCAUAGGAUGCCACCUUUCCAACAAGUCAGGUCUUGAAAUGUAUGCCCUGAUAGAUCUUUCCCGGUCAACUGUAAGUGCUGUUAUUGUGAAGUGAAAACGUCUAGGAGCAUCAACAGGGAAGUUGUAAGCCACACAAGCUCACAGAAUGGGAUCAUCGAGUGCUGAAGUGCGUAUCGAGUUUAAAUCGUAAAAGUUGUCUGUCCUCGAUUGCAACACUCACUACCAAGUUCCAAACUGCCUCUGGAAGCAACGACAAGAACGGUUCGUCUGGAGCUUCAUGAAAUGGGUUUUGGCCGAUUAGCCGCUUACAAGCCUAAGAUCA